AUGGUGGCGCCCGGUGUGCACCCCGCGCUGGGCGGGCGCCUCCGGGCCCCGAGGUCCGCCAGCCCCGGGCAGCGGCGGUCCCUGGCCCUCGACAUGCGCCGCAUCGCCGGGCUCCUGCGGGACGCCCCGGGCACGGGCGCGCUGGCGGCGGACAGCAGGAAUAACUCCAGGUGCAGCAGUCCUCGCAGCGCCUGGGAGGCCGGCGACCGCCACGCCAUGGCCUUCGGCUCCGCCGGGCCGUCGCCCGUCGCGGCGUCGCGAGCGGUGGUGGGCAACCAGGUGGCGGCGCUGAGCGAGAAGUUCCACCAGACGGUGCAGAGGCUCCAGCAGCAGUGCGAGGGCGACAGGCGGCGUCUUCACCAGGUCGAGCGCCGGCUGGAUGCGGGCGCCGAAGACCGCAGCCGGCACGGCGAGCAGCGAGAGCGCUGGGCCGAGCUGCAGGGCAAGGUGGAUGGCCUGAUCGAGGAGACGCAGUCGCUGGCAAGGCGGGUCGAGGGCCUCGACGAGCGCCUCUGGAGCCGCACCAGCGGGUCCGAGGGCGCGCGGCAGCGCAGCCGCGAGCUGGAGCAGCAGGUGCAGGCCCUGGAGCAGCAGGCGCGCCUCGCGGCCUCCACCGCGGAGGAGGCGUGCAAGCGGCAGGCCGCCAGGCUUCGCCGAGCCGAGCACGCCGCAGAGGAGGCCGUGCGGCGCCUGGCCAGGCUCGAGGAGGACGUCCACGGGGCCGCCGUGCAGCACGACGGGUUCGUGGAGUCGCGCCUGGGCACCCUGGAGCAGCAGCAGGAGCAGCUGGACGACCUGGUCCGGGCCCUCCAGGCUCAGCUGGACGAGGGCCUGCCAGGCUUCGCGGACUUGGGUGAAGACGACAGCGGGGCGUGCGGUCCGCGCCUGAGCGCGGGGGGGCGCGACGUGGAUGAGGCGCUCCACGCCGUGGAGCAGAGCCACUCCGAGCUGGAGAAGAAGUUGAUGAGGCAGGUGGAGGAGCAGGCCGCCUUCCGCGUGAAGGUCGACCACCAGCUCUCCCGCGUCAGCGCCCUCGCCGACAGGCUGGAGACGGCGCACGAGCCGGCGCUGGAGGCCCUGCGGUCCGAGCUGGCCGGCCAGCGCUCCCAGGACCGGCAGCUGGCCGACGCGGAGGCCGCUGCACUGCGCCGGCGAGUCCAGGAGGCCGCGGACGGCACGGAGGACGCCCUGGCCGAGCUGCGCGAGGGCCUGCGCGAGCUGCGGGCCCUGCCGAGCGGCGGCAGGCCGGCGCCGCGCCACGAGGAGGACGGCGGUCUGCUGCGGGGCCUCCUGGGGCGCCUCGCGGACGUGGAGCAGCGGGCGCGGUCGCUGGAGGACGCGGCGUCCCUGGGGCGGGGCGGCGGCGUGGCCGCCGGCGCGGGCGGCGCGGCAGAGGAUCGAGGCGGCGGCCCACGCGCAGGCCGUCGAGGACGUGAGGUCGCGCCUGCGCCGGCUCGAGGAGCAGGCCGCCGAGCGCGCGGCGGCGAGGCCGGAGGCACGGGGCGCCGCGGAGGAGGCGCAGGAGAAGAUGUGCAGGGUGCUGGAGCCGCCUGA